AAGGGAGGGAACACAAAUUUAUACUAUCCGUGAAACUUCCAUCCUUUUCUAACAUAGGAUGAUAGGAGUAGCAGUUAACGGCUAAACCCAAUUCUCUACAUUUUCUCUAUUUAAACCUCAUUCUUUUCACAAACAUUGAAUUCCCGAUUUCUCUCUUUCAUUACUCAUUUUCCUCCCAUCUUCUCUCUCCUUGUCUCUGCCUUUUCGUUGCCGACAUUUCAGAUCUGAUUUUAAGGAAGAAUGGAAUACGAAUUAGACAACAGACACCAGCCUGCCAAAUAUGACUGCCUUUUAUUUGAUCUUGAUGAUACCCUUUAUCCCCUAAGUUCUGGGAUUGCUUCUCAUUGUUCCAAAAAUAUUCAAGAGUACAUGAUUCAUCAGCUAGGAAUAGAGGAAAGUAAAGUUCCUGACAUGUGCUAUGUUCUUUACAAGUAUUAUGGAACCACAAUGGCUGGUCUUAGGGCGAUCGGGUAUAACUUCGACUAUGAUCACUACCACAGGUUGGUUCAUGGAAAGUUACCUUAUGAUUUUCUAAAACCUGAUCCAGUUUUGAGGAACUUAUUACUCAGCCUCCCUAUUCGCAAAAUGAUUUUCACAAAUUCUGAUGAACGUCAUGCUGCGGAGGUUCUACGUAGGCUAGGUUUGGAGGAUUGUUUCGAAAGGAUAAUCUGUUUUGAGACGCUUAAUCCUAGUGAGAAGGGUAAAGUGGCAGUGAGUGGGGAUGAAGAGAAUGCUCCUGAUGAAAUUUUCGACAUCAUGGAAUAUCAACCUAGUUCUGGUGUGACUCUUCCACCAACACCAGUUGUCUGUAAACCCUUUGAAACAGCAUUUGAACAAUCCUUUAAGAUAGCAGAAAUUGACCCUAAAAGAACUUUGUUCUUUGAUGACAGUGUUCGCAAUGUCAGUGCUGGUAAAAAUCUGGGUCUUCAUACUGUUUUGGUCGGUAAGUCUGAAAGAUCAGCAGGAGCAGAUUAUGCCUUAGAAAGUAUUCAUAAUAUCAAAGAGGCCUUUCCGGAGCUGUUGGAUGCUGAAGAGAGAUUGGAGAAUGUCGGUUAUGCUCAGAAGAUUGCAGUGGAGGCUUAAUCUAACUUUUAGAAUUAAAGAUGAUCUCCCUUGUUUCUGAUUUAACUAAUUGAAAUGUCCCCAAAAAAAAUAGGAAAUAAUGUGUGGAUGUAGAAUAGUUUCGAAUUUGAUGUCAAUGUAAGCCUUUUGGCUGAAUGUUUUAUCCUAGUUUAUUGGAAUUGUAUAUUUGUCACA